CAGAAACAAUAUUUUGUUCUCACGAAACAAAUCAGAAAGUUUGUCCAUAGAGCUUCACUCAUUGUCUUCAUUAUCAAUCCCCCUAUCACAUAACUAGCCAUGGCAGUGAGCUCUGACUGCUUCUGUUUGUUACCAAUCGAAGUGGUUUUAACCAUCCUUUCACUCCUUCCCUUCAAGGAAGUUGUGAGAACUUGUGUACUCUCCAAGGACUGGUUGGACAUAUGCAAGUCCACUCCAAACAUAGAGUUCAAUGAACUCUUUUUCGUGAAACCCGAUCAAUCAAAUGAAACAAGAGAAGCCCAGAGAAGGGCUUUUCUUGAGUUCAUAAAAUCUUGGAUUGAAAACCACAAAGGAGCUACUAUAGACAAGUUCUCUUUAAGUUUAUCAAUGCCUGCAAAUGUUGGCGAGAUCAUUAAUGAAUCCGUUGCUUUUGCUACACAACGUGGGGUGAAAGAGUUGGAUCUUGACUUUGUUGAUAGGAGUAAGAAUGAGAAUGGUGAUUGUUCAUACGAUAGUGACGAGGCAUUGUUUGAAUUACCAUCACGGGUUUAUGAGCACAUAAGCCUUGAGUCUUUAAAGUUGUAUUCAUGCAGUUUUAUUGAGACUAAAGUGCUUAACUUUCAUGCACUCAAAGAAGUUUCUUUGGGUUGGAUGGAAGUGAGGCUUACUGCUAUCAAAGCUUUUCUUUUCAACUGUAAAAAGCUUGAGUGUUUGAGUUUUACAAGGUGUUGGAACUCAGAUAAGUUUGACCUAGGUGAAGAAGAACACAUGGGUCUAACAAAGCUCUUCCUGGACAAGUGCAAUUUUGAUUUUGAUUAUUUCAGAGUGAAAGCACCAAAUCUUAAAAUUUUCAAGUAUUGCGGGUGGAUAAACUUUGCCGUCGUAGAAAUUGAUUCACUCGCAAUGGAAGAGGUAGAUCUUGACUUCUCUCUAGAAUCAUCAUUUGAAGAAUUUGGUCAUCCUAUCUACAAUCUGGUGAAAGAUGUUUGUACUGCUAGAGUGCUGACAGUAUGUAGUUUUGUGCUUCAGGUAAUUCCUACUGGUCCUGAACAGCUACGUAUGGAAGUUGACAUGGAUGCACGACAUUUGAUAAUGAAGACGGCCUUGGAUGACGAUGAGUUUAUUGGAAUCUCAUUCUUCCUUAACAGUUGUCCCCUCUUAGAGCGUCUCACCAUUGAAAUAGGUCCAAAAAGUGAGCUGUCUGAUUAUGAACCAGCGUUUGAAUUUACCAGCUUACUUUUCUGGAUUGAAUAUUUGAAUGUUUGCGAAUGCUUGAUUUCAAGUCUUGAAGUGGUGGAGAUUAAUGGCUUUAGAGGAACUCUGAAUGAAUAUCGCUUCCUCGAGUAUUUGAUCUUUAGUGGGUAUGUCUUGAAAAAGAUUAUCAUAAACAUGUUGAAGGAUGAUUCUGGUAGGACUGUGGAGUAUUAUUGCCGUCAUAUGGCAGAACUUCUGUUGACAUGUCCAUGCACUUCAAGAAACUUAGAGAUAUCAAUCUUUUGAUAAAUAGUUUUGAGAGAGUUGUAUCAAAUAUCAAUAAUGUCUUGAAGAAGUACUCUAUCAUUAAUAAUAUU